AUGGAUGACAACAACGGAAGCGGCGACGAUGUUCUCGGCGUCUAUCACCUCCCCCGACCGUUGCCGCUAUGGCUUAACCCAGCUUAUGCAAAGCAUAUUGUGAAGGGCAACUUCAUGACGCUCAGUGCAAGACCUAAGACUGUUGAUCAGGGCGAAUGGAUCGCUCAUCAGGUCGUUGAGCACUACCGCAACCUGUGGAACUUUGUUCGUGUCAUCCAUGAGAAAGAGGAGGAUGGCACCACUACCUGUAACGCAAACUCUUGCCCACGAAUGUCCGCCGGAGCGAACCACUCAUUCACAUGGCUCAACAAUAAGAGAGAACCAGUUGAGCUUCCCGCAUUCGAGUACAUCACCCUCAUGCAACGAUGGAUCUCAGGUAAGAUUGACGACGAGAACAUCUUUCCAACGGAUGCCAAUGGCGUCUCAUUCUCGCACAAUCCGUCCAUCACCACAACGCCCCUUUCACAGCUGUCCAACCCUGGCGAUCGUGACUGGGUUGGCAAAAGGAGUGGUUUUCCCGAGAACUUUGUCGAAGUGUGCCAGACCAUUUUCCGACAAAUGUUCAGGGUCUACGCCCAUCUUUACUGGGCCCACUUCACUGAGCCCUUCUACCACUUGAACUUAGAGAAGCAACUCAAUAGUUGUUUCUCUCAUUUCGUCCUGACCGCUUGCGCGUUGGACAUGCUCAAGCCGCAAGAGUUGGAGCCAAUGCAGCCUCUCAUUGACCUGUGGGCUGCCAACGGCACGUUCCCUCCUGGCUCCAAAGCUUACGACUACGCCAACCAUCGUGCUGGUGACCGACUUAUGCAGCUUGGCAAUGUGGCUUGA